AUGGUUCCUGUGUCAUUGGGUCAACCAAGCAGGGACAAAGUGGUGUGUCUGAAGCCAUCCUCUGUACAUAGUGCUUUGCUCUCAAAACUUUCCAACGGUAUCAGUCAGAGGAAAGCACGAGGUGCUCCUGUGUUGGUACCCAGUUCGAGACUAGAGCAGUUCAACAUUGGUCAAUUUGCCUCCAUGAGCAGUAGGAAAAUUGGGUUAGUGGUUCAGGCUGUACCUAAACUACAGGUGGCUCCUGGCAGAAAGGCACCAGAAAAGGUAGGGACGAUGCCAAACUAUGAAAAUGCCGCCUACCAGCAAGUGAUUAGACAAUUCCCAAAUCUGGCAAAGUCUGUGUGUAAGGAAGAAGACUUGCUGAAAAUGGCAGUGGCUCCUGACGAUGUUCUGGAGUGUUUGCCAACUGUUGUGUCUAAAACACCAGUGGAGGACCAUGUGCUUCAUGAUCACGAUUAUUGUGUGAGGGGGUUCCCCGUGAAAGGUUCAGCAUCUUUGCUACAAGGUGAUGGACGCUUAUUAGAUGACAUUGACAGAGAACCAAAACUUGGCCGCCCACCAAAGAACGGUGACCGGAGGAAAAAGGCAACCAAAAGGACUUUAGAAGGGUUAGGAAGCCGUGCUAACAGUCCUGGUGGUGACUCCACGCAACAAAUAUUACCUCCCUCUGCUGACACAAAAUCUAACCCUGAACUGAAACUGGAGGGGGAAGUCAAAUCUGUUCAAGCCAAGAGACGCUCAGCUCGGCAAAAGUCCGGUCAUGACUCCUUGCCCAGCGAGAACCCGGACAGCCCGGAUAUUGACGGACACGGAGACGGGGCAAAGGUUAAGAUUACGGGGGCCUUUCAGGACGACUUUGUGUACUUUAUUAACAAAACAUCCCGAAAUAGAAGGCGAGCAAGUGAACAGCCUCAGGUUCCUGCAGCACCAGUUGUCCAGGCUUCAGAUAUCUACAUACCUCAUUUGUCAGACGCUGACAUUGCCGCGCUGAAAAACAAAACAGCCGUGGGUUCAGGUAGCACUGGCCAGACUAACAUCACUGAUGAAGACAGUAAGGUGAUUAACACUAUACUCAGCAUGGAGACUUCUCUAGAGAGGACCGAAACUACCACUGAUGGCUUUGGCUUUGCUACGCCAGGAGGUGACGCUUUAAAUGGGCUAGAUUUAACUCCAGAACAAAUGGACAUCUUGUUCAGUGCUAUAAAUGGUGACCCGUCAGUUCAGAAGUUCAGCCAGGAGAAUUUUGGUUUGGGACCUGAGGUGGAGCUCCCACAAGUCCCUGUUGAAAGUGUUGACCCAGGGAAAACGAUUCCAGUAUCGCAGGCUGGGGAAAACUUCACCGAUGCUAGCUCUCAUUUGUUGGGAAAUGUUGACAACCUUCAUAUGCCGAACAUGGACUUGAUCCUGAGCACUACCUCUAGCCUGAAAAGCAAUUUGCCAACCCUGGAUCCCUCAGAGGUUCAGGACAGUAUCUCAGCCAUUGCUUCCACGAGUAGUUCAGUGACUUCUUUGGACACUGGGCUGGAAACCAUUCCGUCUACAGUGGACAGCACCGUGAUGACACCGCAGACUCAUGAAUUCUCAGUUACUGCUGUCAGCGCCGAACCAAAACCAGCUCCCUUGAAUGGAAUGUCUGACCUUGCACUGCCACCGUUUGACAAGUCCCUGGACUUUUUGGGAGUUGGAGACAUGAAGACAGACCUGUUUCCAGAGAUGGGUCUGUCUCAAGAAAACUCUGCUACUAGUGAAGCCAACUCACCUUGGAUUGUCACUGUCAGUAUGUACUGGAAUGAUUUGCCAGCUAUCAUGCUGGGCAACCAACCGUACGUGCGUCUGGUAGAUAUAUACAAACAGAUCCUCCCGGCCAAAGACACCGGAAUUCUGAAAAAACGUUGUCAGCUGCUUGGCAUGGAAGUGAAAAACUGCUCAGAAAUGCAGCGGUACUUUCUGGUGAAGUAUGGCCGAGGCUAUAACUCCAAGAGUACUUUGGUUGUGUCCAAGGAUGAUGCUAAAAGGUUGAUAGGGUUUUAUGUGGAGCCGCAGAGUCGGACGGCAAAGCCAGAAGGAGCAGUGGAAAAAAUGCCAGGGUCACCUCUGCCAGCACCAAAGUUCCGCAAACCUGCAUCUGAGGCGAGUUGUGAUUCUACCACGUCCGGGAGCGUGUCUCCAGGGUUGACUAAGGAUGGAAACUCUUCUGAUCCACCCAGUCUGACUGCUAAAAAGGACAAACCAAAAAGUGCCAGUCCACGAACUCCUUCCAAACGACGCAUGGUGUCUUCUCCAGCGGGCGAGUCCGUUUCCAAGAGGCUGCGGCACAAGAAGAUCAACUUCCGCAGCAUGCUUCAGGGUAUCAAGAGAGAAGAUGAGGUGAUGGAAGGGGAGUCGCCCCUGUCACCUGCCAUGCCUUCUGACCUCGCCCCCCAGUCUGAGGGUGAGGCAUGCCCCGCUAACAUCCAGACAGAUCCGUGUAUGCCGAGUCGGCGGCGCUCUCGGUCCCAGUCUGACAGCAUUGACAAAACUUUACCUCCACAGACUGAGGCUUCUCCAGUGCUGGGACGGAGUGGUGAUAAGAUCAUACCAGUACGCCUGAGGUCUUACGGUUCCAGAGCCAACCUCAAAUCUCCUCGCUCUCAUUCCUUUGGACUUUUGAAGCCGUGCUCAUUAAGACAGUACAACCUGCUGGGGAAACAACUGCGGCGAGUGAAAGGCAGCUUCCCCACUAACGGAACGCUUCAGAACGUACUGAAAAAACGCCAGCUCAACGGCACUUUGCCAGUGUCUCCGAUCAAGCCGGGAGACAUGAAAACAGGUGUACCCGAGGUGGACGUUAAGCAGCUAAGAUCAGAGUUAUCUCCACUUGCAGAGGAUCGCCCAAUUCAGGGAAAUCUUAACUCCUCAGGCGUCAGUCUGAGGCGGGGUUCAUCCCGCAGACGUGUGGUAGCAUCGUCUGCUGCUGGUAACCGAGUUCGAAGCAGUGGCCGAAAGCGAAAACUUAAACAACUGUAUCCUAUUGAGAACUACUCGUACACGAAAAAGGCCAGGAAAGAAGCUGGCAAUGGCACUGUGUGCGUGCAGCCCACUCCAUUAGAAACUAGUCGUCACUUGAGGGGUCGCCCUAUUGUCCCAGUCAGGACGAGUCCUCGAAAAAAACGGGUGGACAUGAACGCACAUAUUGAGGCGGAUGGACAUGUGGUGGCCACGUCGAGAUCCACAUCCGAGGAUGAAGAAAAUCGCCCCAAAAACGUCAUCACUCUAACAAAUGGUCCUGAAUUUGAGACUUUCACAGCUUUGACCGGAGAUUUCAGUGUGUAGAUGUGGUAUAAGGUGAUUAAGGGAAUCGGCUGUGACUUGUGUGUGGGUAUCACAUACAUUACUGUAUAGUACAUGUAGUUACAUCUACCUUUGUCACCUCUGUCACACAGCUCAUUGGAUAGAUGUGGUAUUCUUGUAUUCCAGACAGAAUGUGGUUUAAGGAGAAGGAUCAGUGUUCUACUUUCAUACCUGUUGAAAAAAUAAAACAUGAAAAAACAGAAAAGUAAAGAAGCAAAACAAAAAUGUGAAAAAGUGCUGUAGAAAUAAUGGGUUUAUAUAUACAUGUACAAAAAAAAAAGGUUAUUACUCAAGGAAUAUUGGUGGUUAUAAGAAAAAACAAAAGGAAACAACUGGAUUAAUAAGAUGUUCAGCACUCCGGUCAUAUGAGGAUGGUUAUUCCUGUUGUAGCUUCUUUGGGUUUGGUUUCAAAACUGGGAGUCACCCUGGUUAGUGUCUCUUCAUUAUCAUGCAUUUUGUGCUAGCACUUGUGUUAACUGAUUUUUUUUUAUAUUCUUCCUUCCACUUUUUGUUGUUCAAUUUUGUUAGUGCUUCAUUGACAUAUUUUGUCCCACGUAAGAAGCAAGUCUAAAACAGAAACAAGUAAAAAAGGGAUCCAAAAAGUCCUGGCUGAAUGUAUAAUAGUGCCUAAUAGAUUUUAAAUGGACAAUUGCUCUUGCUUUUUCACCUACAGUUAACUGUAAAGUAACGUCCAUACAUAUAAAAGCAACCAAAUUGAUGCAUGGUAUGAUGUAGAGGCCAACUUAAAAGUAAUUUCCAAAAUGCUUGUAAAAAACCAUAUAUAUUAAAAAAAAAAAAAGUUUGUUACCCACACACUUGAAGUACUCAUACUAAUUUUAUGGUGUGUAGGAGAUCAAUUCUCUUGUAUUGGUGGUAAAGGAAAAUUGAAAUAUACAAUGUUGAAGGACACAUAUACAUCCUGCGUGUAGUGAUAGCUGCAUUUCUGAUCAGACAAAUUUCUAUAGAGCAUAGUGGAUAUCAGUCUUUAUACUGUUGUGCAUUUAACUAAAUGGCACUACUGGCACAUAAUGUGUCUGUAAUAGAGGGUAUCUUAUUCUGAUUUUAUAUGUAUACAUAUAGCUGUUCACAGUUAGUGAAUUUGAUGCCAUUCUUGACAAUAAGUGUUCAUUGUGCAGCUCCUAGAUUUUACUUCACACAAAAAAGUUCGGGUGUUAACAUUUAUUAAAAGUUUAUUCUGCAUUUAAUCAUCCCGAAAUUUGUUCGGUUAUCUUAGAAUAAAUAGGCAGUAAUUUAAUUCUAGGAGAGCCUAUAGUGGCCUUAAUCGCAACACGUAUCAUCACAGGUACUAAAUCCAGAUAUGUUUGGGACAUGAUUUUUUUCUUUGCCACUUAAAAUGUCAUUUUGUAGCCUCUGAAUAUAACCAUUAAUUUUAGAUCUUGGGACCUUGUGAAAAAUUUCAUUUCUGACGCUUGUGAAUAUAAUAUACAUUCAUGUAUACAUUACGGCACAAAUUAUAUAUAUAUUUGUGUAUAAAUGGUAAAGGCUGCAGUCAUCUUAUUGCGUUUCAAGAUUAACCAUAUUCAACCCAAAACACCCAAUCCAAUCUGGAUUCCCAUUGUAAACUACCACUCCCCAAGGUUUUAAGCUUAGUGUGUGCAUGUAUCUGCGGUUGGUUUCAUGUUGCUGAGACUUCAGCUAUUGCUGAUUUUGUUUAGUUUUUUUUUUUUUUUUUACCUUCUUGUUGACUGGUUGGUGCUGUAUUAUACCCAACUCCUUUUGUGUAUAGACCUACAGUUGUUGUACAUAGUGUGUAUAUAAUCCAUGUACACAUUGCAUUCCAUGUGAUAUCAUUCACUCUUGUGUGCGUAAGAAAAAAAAAUACAUUUCAAAAUGUUGUAUCAACG